UGUCUUAGGGCAGGAUGUCAUAUUUAUAUGAUGUUUAGGAAAUUUUCGUCCAAACGUCAUCGGCUUUGUGAAAAUUUGUAAGUGCAGAUUCAUUUCGAUAGUUACUAUUUUUCAGAAAAUUGAUGGUUAGAACUUUGUGAAAUCACCUUAUACGACAUGGAAGCUGUCCCUCGAAUACCGAUGGUCAGCUUCGAGCUGAAAAUUUCACCUGAACCGACCACUUUCGGAUCAUUGAAACAAUACAUUUCCGAAUAUUAUCACGAGGAUCCAGAUUCGUAUUCAAAAGAAUGCUACCAGUUGGACCAAUUGCGGGGAUCUGCCACAAGACCUACCCAGGAUAUCGAUGGAACAGCUCUAAUGAAACGCUACUACUGUCAGCUGCAUUCAAUUCAGAAUCGCUUCUUAUUAAACCAGUUACCAGAAAGUCAGCAAAUGUUAAGCUUCAGUUGGAAGGACCUGUACAGUGGUGCAACAUUACAAAAGAGCAAUUUAAAAUUUGAGAUGGCAGUUAUUUUGCAUAAUUUCGGAGCCUUGCAUACCCAACUCGGAGCUGCAGAAAAUCGUUCCGAUCCAGAAAGUAUGAAAAAAGCUUGUACUCAUUUUCAGUGUGCUGCUUGGGCGUUUGGCUACAUCAAAGAUAACUAUGCCUUACUGUUACAAGGAGAUUUGUCCACGGAGUUAUUAAUUUUCAUGCAAGCGCUUUGUUUUGCCCAGGCACAAGAAUGUAUCAUGGAAAAGAGUUUGUGCGAUAACCGAAAAUCGGGAAUAAUUGCAAAAGUGACGGCUCAAAUUGUUACGUACUACAAUUCAGCCCUUGCCGCGUUGCUCACUCAAAAUGGAGAGGAUGGACGUAUUCAGGAUAUUGUCGGUAGCAAACAUUUCAAAGAAUGGCGAAAGUAUGUCAAGUUUAAGAUUUCUUAUUUGUCGUGCAUUUUGCUACUUUACCAAGGACAACAAUCAGAAGAACAACAGAAAAUGGGGGAAAGAGUUGUGCUCUACCAGACUUCUUUCGAUAAGUUGGAAGAGGCAAAAAAAGAAUCCAAAGGGCUACCGAAUAUUGAUCAAGUCAACGAUGCUCUUCAGUUCACCAUGGACGUAGUCGAAGCGAAACGGAAAUCAGCUAAGAACGAAAACGAGUUUAUAUAUCAUGAGGAAGUUCCAGAGAUUGGUUCAAUUUCGGCUGUUCAGGGAGCAAAUCUAGUACAUGGAAUUGCGUUCAAUGUUACAGAUCCAGAUGCCAUAGGCGAAGAUAUUUUCCGUAGAUUAGUACCGAUGAAGGCUCACGAAAGUAGUUCGGUGUACAGCGAGGAAAAAGCAGACCUUCUGCGGAAAAUAGGCUCGCAGAUUGAAGACAAAGAUAUGGAAUUGGCAUCCUUCAUGAGCUCGCUCAAUUUGGAUUCGAUCAACGUUCAGAAUCCAACCAGUUCUGAGGACGAUAGAUUGCCGCAGGGACUCGUUGACCGUUGUGCUGAUUUAAAUUCCAAACCCAAUGCUAUUCCAGAUUUAGUUCAAUCAAUGUCAAAUUUAGCGGAAAUUUGCACGGACGUAGAAUUGAUGUUGAAGGAAAUUAAACAUCUUUUGAAGCAGGAUGAAAUUCAGGAGGACAGUUACCAGCAAAAGAUUGGUCAACGUUCGAACGGUGGCACUCACAUAGUCGAGUUGAACCGAGAAUUUGCCAAGUAUCAAGAAGCUCAUAAUAAGGCCGGUGAAAGUAAUGAUACGUUGCGCAAAGCGAUGGGUCUUCAUGUGCAUAACUUGAAGAUUUUGGCUCAGCCUUUAAAGGAUAUCAGACAGCAGAUUCCAAGUAGCAGUGAACAAUUUGAUGAAUCAACGCUAAAGGAGCUUCAGGGAAUUUUGGCGAAGGUCAACGAAAUGAAAAAACAACGUGCAAAAUUAUAUCAGGAUCUGCGCACAAACAUAACUAAUGACGACAUUACAUCGCAGUUGAUAGCUCUAGAAAGUGGCUCGGAUAGCAAAAAACGGAUGCAAGAAUUAUUCAAAAAAGAACUCAACAAACAUGAUCAGCUAGUUACCCUGUUGGAGGCUAAUUUGAAAGCCCAAGCCAAUAUUCUGAAAGCUCUGACCGACAUUUAUGCUCGUUGUGCGCCAAUUAUCAAAUCAAUCAGUGAAUGUAAAAUAAAACGGGAGCAAUUUUUUUCUUCGAUGCAAGGAUCAUACGACGUGUACGAGGAUCUUCUGUCGAAAAGUUCAAAGGGAUUAGAGUUCUACAAGAAACUCCAGGCAAAUGUGCAAAAAUUAUAUUCCCGAGUAAAGGCGGCUUGUGACGUACAAGAUGAGGAACGAAAUCAAAAGUUGAAGUCUAGUAAUGUUAUGAAAAAACAAGAGUCGACCAGAAAUAAUCCUAAGACAAGUGCCAGUCCCAAACUUAAAGAUUACUUGAAAUCAGGUAAUAUAAGUUUGGCGUCAAUCAAAGCUUCUGGAGCUGAUGUAAAUGCCUCUGCAUACAUACCGCAAGUAAGACCGACACCAGUUGGGUCAGAGAGUAAUGCUCCAGUUUCAACGACAGCUUCCGGUAGUUCAGGUCACUACCACGAUUCGUAUUCUAACUAUAAUUACUACUCAAAUACUACUGGUAAUGUGGCGCAUGCAAAUGGGACUGAUUACACCCAAUACUAUCAACAACAACAACAGCAGCAGCAGGUGGGAUAUGGACAAUCAAUGCCGAUUUCUACAUUCCAAUCGACUAUCAAAUCGACAGCAACAUCAACGCAGACUCAGCCUCAAACUACCGGUUACGUGAAUCCAAUUUACCAAAAUUCGACUACUAACUUCUAUGGUAAUCGACAACCAAUUGAUUACAGUCCCUACCCUUCAUCGCAACCUUCACCUGUUUUGUCCACAAGUUCAAGCGAAGUGGUCUCAGUUGUUACUGUACCUCAAACGCAAUAUUGGAAUCAAAUGAAUCAGCAAUUUGGUGGGAUGAAUCUUCAAACGCCUGCGAUAAAUGAUCCUAACUCUGUCUAUACAUCAAAUCAAACAUACCAGACUGACAACAGUGCCGCAAGCCAACCGCAAUACCCAACAAAUACAACAAAUCGUUCAUACAAUAAUCCGGUAAUUGGACAAUAUUCAGAUCCAUCAGGGCAGUACUAUCAACAACCACAACAGACAAUACAAACCCAAUCUAAUUCUCAACACACACAGCAAUUUAACGAUCCACAAGCAAACAAUGCGACAUUGUCAAAUGCUUCUUACUUUUAUCCUGGCUAUUCUUAUAAUCCACAAACAAGUAAAUAUGAAUAUUCCAGUGAAAACACAUAUAAUUCAACCACUGAGUCGUCGUACGUAAACCAAUAUACCUCGAAUCAUGUGCCCUAUGGAUCCAUUACAAGCCCAAAUGUUACAACACCCACUGAUCAGGUAACACAAGUUCCGACCUACAACUUUAAUCAAGCUCAGCAACAACAAAUUUCAUAUGUAAAUCAGUAUCACACUGAACCCACAACUCAACCAGUGUUACCAAAUUCCACGGCAACUGCUGCUGCUUACUACAGUCCACAAGCAACAACGUACGACUAUAAGCAGUCCGAACAAAUUCCAGUUAGUCAGGAUACCAGCCAGCAAUACUAUCUGCAAGGACAAGAUCCGGUCUACAACAGCUCCGGUGUUCAAUACCAGCAGCCUAUUUAUAGCAAUUCAGUGGAUGGUCAGUAUCCAAAUUCUAUCAAUCCCGUUCAGCUUACCUCUUCAACUACAUCCAAUUAUAAUUAUGGAACGCCAGUCUCAAGCCAGUACUACUCACAAUCUCAAUCCAUUCCCGAACAAGAAUCCUCCACAGUAGCAUCUAAAGCGGAACCGCCGUCUCAAACACAACCGCAAGUACUACAAACUCCCCAAAACCAACCAACCAACAAGCAAUCCUCAAAUCUUGAUCUACUAUCCGGUUUGGAGUUCAGUGUGGUGCCAGUAGAAGUUCCCAUAUUAAAACCCCAAUCAUCUGUCGUUAGUGAAGAGGAUAACAUAAAAAGUGAAGUUCUUACCCCGACCAAAGUAGAAGUUGUGCCGGACAUUCCAUCAACGCCUUUAAUCACCAGCCCGAACCCUCCCGAACCAAGUAUAAUUCGUAAACCGAGUCUGGAUAAUUUGUCCAUCUGCUCGGAUCUUAGUUCCAUUGAUCAGAAUUUCGACUGGGAGAGUGCAUCUGUACAGGCUGUAACAGCAUGCAGGCCUUCUCUCCCCGAUGUACUACAAAAACUAGAUCAGAAUAGCUCCGCGAGUCCCUGUCGGCCAGGAAGCGUGAUCAAUAAUAGCAUUCUGGUACAACCGAUCAAGGAUCCCUUCGAGGAUCAAACUACACUCAAGUGGUUUCAUAAGGAGAUCGAGCGAUUAGAGAAGUUUAUUGAUUCACUGAAUGUGAAAACUUUAAACGGGACCACUCCACUCGAUGGAAAAUGGAAGGAACUGCAGAAUUUAUUGGUUAAAGAAGAAGCGAAACGACAGGUUAGUGUGGCCCGAUUGUUCCCAGAAAAAAACCGUUCUAUUGAUUGUGUACCGUACGAUCAUGCCAGAGUCACCCUGCCGACGGAUACCGAUAACUACAUUAAUGCAGUGUUUGUAAAGUUUCACAAGGAUAAUUCAUUGGAUCUUGGUUUCGGUUGUCCACAAUUAAUACUAGCACAAACGCCUCUGCAAAACACCGUGAACGAUUUCUGGAAUAUGAUUUGGUCUCAAAAGGCCAAUGUGGCCUUGUGUCUGCAUACUCCAAAUGAGAUUUUAGAUACGUUUUGGCCUGGCGAAAUCAAUCAGGAGCUGAAUUAUGGUGAUAUCUCAGUAUCGCUGAUCAAACAGUUCGAUCUGACGCAUUGUACCGAACGGGUACUAAGAGUCUGCAUGCUGGGAUCCGAUGUGAUUCUAUAUGUGUCUCUAUUGCAAACUAAAUUGUGGCCGAAGCAGUCUGCUGAAUGUAUUCUAGGAAUUGCCCAAAAUGUGAUCGGUGCCUAUCGUCAGCAAAAUCAGGACGUUAAACAACUAACGCCAUUAAUUGUCAACUGUCUAAAUGGAUCGGAUCGGUCAAGUUUGCUGGCCGUUGCGAUUGCAUCGGUUUUGGCAACACAAUCAACAAAACCAGUUUUAAUAAAUGUGGUGGAUAUUUGGUACCGAAUAUGUUGCCAGCGAAGAGGUGCGCUUCGUGAUCCCAGUCAUAUUCAGCUAUCCUACAAUAUCGUAUUGAACAAUGGGUACAGUAUUCUUAACAAGCGUGGUAUUAUGACAUCCUAUCAGAUGAAAUCAGUUCAAACGAGUGUCGCCAUCGAGAAAGAAGAAGCGAUCAAUGAUCCCUUUAAGGAUUUAGAUCCUCUUUGGAAGUUAAAAUGAAUAUUGAGUUUGUUAUUAUACCACCAAAAGAACUGUGACGUAUGACUAGCAUUGAAUGUUAUGUACAUCUUAUAUAUUUGCGGUUCUUUGCAAAUGUUUUUAUUUUCCUGUUGCUGGUAUAACAAGCUAAAUAUAUUCACGUUUAUUGCUGUUAAAAAAUAAUCGCGUCCAACAUGUUUUACUCUAUAUUCAAUCAAUUAUUAUUAUCGUAGUCAUACGGACGUCUGAAUGUUUAUUUAUUAUAUGAUAUUCUCAAAUUAACUUUACAUCUAAAAAUAUAUGAAAGUGGAAUAGGAAAACCUAGUUUUGCACCUUGCAAGGAAUGAACUGAUGUUUGAACUAUUUGAUAUUAGUUUACGAAAUCGGGCAAUACAAUACGUUAAAUGUCAUUAUUA